UGUUGCACAAGUCCCGACGUUCAGUUCGCAGCACAUUGUCGAUAAUCACGCGUUUGUAUACGGUACAUCAUAGUCAACAAGACGCAUUAUUCUUGUCCUCCGUCGCUGUUUUUUUCACGUUCACAUUGAGCCGCGUAAUAUCACAAUAAUAUAAUAUACAGCCCGCGGUGAAUUAUAUAGUGUUACUGUACCGCGGAAAAGAAGAUCAAGACGCGACAGCUGCCACCUCCGCUACAGAGAUGAGCAGCGAGACAAAACUGUUGAUUGGCAGCGAUAUGAUCGCAUCCAAAGACAUACUCAACCCUUUCGUACACCAUCUGGAGCUGACUUCCACCUACGACAAAUUUAAAACUGCAUUUUUCACCAUAGUUGUUCUACCCAUUAGGAUAGUGGCAAUUUUGGUGUUGCUGUUUAUAGCUUGGUUGUUAGCGACCAUUGGUUUGGCCGGUGUUAGUCAGACCGAAUUAUCAGAGAGGCCACUUACCGGAUGGAGACGCUAUGUCAGACGUGCAGUGUACGUGAUCGUCCGGCUUAUGUUCGGGGCGGUCGGCUUCCACCGGGUCAGAACUGUUGGCGAACAGGCCACGCGGCAACAGGCGCCCGUGCUGGCUGUCGCGCCACAUUCGUCCUUUUACGACGGGCUGGCGGCCGUCGUCACUGGUGGCCCAACCAUCGUAGCUAAGGAAGAGAACUCGUUCAUACCGAUCGUAGGAAGAGUAAUAAACUUCACGCAGCCUGUGUACGUUCGGAGAGACGACCCAGAAUCGAGACAUAACACAAUACAGGAGAUAAUUCGCCGUGUAAAAUCUGACCAAGAUUGGCCUCAGAUUUUAAUAUUCCCGGAAGGCACUUGUACAAACCGAUCGUGUCUGAUAACGUUCAAACCAGGUGCUUUUUAUCCGGCAGUGCCCGUUCAACCAGUGCUGUUGCGGUACCCAAAUAAACUAGACACCGUCACCUGGACUUGGGACGGUCCUGGAGCAUUGAAACUCUUGUGGUUAACUAUGACGCAACCGACUACGACAGUGGAAGUAGAAUUUCUACCGGUGUACGUACCCAGUGAAUACGAAAAACAGAACCCAAAAGCGUUCGCCGAAGGUGUUCGUAAUGUUAUGGCUAAGGCAUUGGCUGUUCCAACUGCAGACUACACAUACGACGACUGUAGAGUGGCUGUAAAAGCCGGUCAAUUGGGUCUGCCGAUGACCUCGAAUUUGAUCACUGUCGAAAGACUUAGAAGUCGACUAGGAUUGACGCGAAUUAAGAUCGAAGAUUCGGCUCUAGUCAAGAACAUGCUGUCGUUUCAGAAUCGAGAGUCUCAGCCGGUAGAUUUGGCAGAGUUCGCUAACAAUUUAAACGUCACUGCCGAGGAUGGUUCACUCAUCAGCCUCUUUAAAAUGCAUCUAGAGAAUGAACACUUGUCGACCAUAGAUUUUAAAAAGUAUUUGUUGGCUGAAUAUAUCUUACAGAAAGCUACCUCCAAAGACGAUUUGAUCGUAUUGGCUUUUAAGUUGUAUGGUGAAUAUUUUGAUAAAGAAAUGUUUGAGUAUGUGUUAAAUCUUGUCUACAAUCUUCCAAAAUCUGAAGCAUCAAUCAUUUACAACGAAAUGACCGACAAGCCAAAUGAAAUAAAUUUGUCGGACUAUUUACAUUACGGGAAAAAGUAUCCUGAAAAAAUGGAGUCCUUGCAAAAUCACAGUAAGAAUACAGCACCCAGAACAGUAACAGAUUUUUCUAGUUGCGGCCAAUUAUUCCAUGACGCUAUAGAUGACAACAAGAAGUAUCAAUGACAUACGGAACAUCCUACAAGUACAAUAGUACCUGUUGCAGACUGAUAUUAAAAAUUUAUUUUUAAGGUUUUAUAUAUACUAUUUGUUAUACUUAUAUAAAAUAUAAUAUUUUGUUACUUAAUGUGUAUCUAAGGAUUCUAAGGAUUAUUUAUAUUUAAGAAUUUCAAUGCACGACUAUAUUAUAUUGGCCAUAGCUCUUAAAUCAAACCUCAGACGUUUUGAUUGUACAAAAUAUGAAUAUCAUCUAUGUGCUUAUAUAGUUUAAAAUGUUGGUACUUAUAUUAUAUUAUUAUCUUAUAAAGUAUAUCAGUAUUUAGUGCUGUUACCUAUAUUGGCUAUAUUAUAAAAUGUUUUGUGUGCCUAAAUAAUAUAUUUAAUUAGUAUACUAUUUACUAUUAUGAAACCAACACAAUAAUGUUCACUAUGGUGCUUUUCGCAGAUUUGUUUUUUGAUUUGUUAUCAAGCCAUAUUGAGAAUAUAUUGCAAAAUUUGCACCGACCGAUGUUAUAUACCUAUUAUAUAUUAUAUUAUUAUAAAUAUUAGCCAGAAUAAUUGACCUUGCUCGAGAGUUAAUUUCUGUUUUUUUAUUCUUUGUGACAAACAAUAAUAAUAUUGUUUAUAUAUAUAAUGUGUUUAUUUUAAAAAUAUAAGAUAU